UAUAUAAAAAAAUGUUUGUAUAGUUGUGGCCUCUAUUUCCAAGUGUUCAGUUUGAGGUGAUCUAAAAAAAAUGGCUCCUGGUAUGGAGGUGGUGGACGUGGCUGUCGUCGCCCUGUAUUUUGUCCUGGUGUUAGCCAUUGGGUUUUUCGCCAUGUGGAAAUCCAAUCGCAACACCGUGAGCGGCUACUUCCUGGCUGGACGCUCUAUGACGUGGGUAGUGGUAGGUGCGUCACUAUUUGUCAGCAACAUUGGCAGUGAACACUUCAUAGGCCUGGCUGGGUCCGGUGCUGCGAGCGGCUAUGCUGUUGCAGCGUGGGAAUUUAAUGCCCUUCUACUUCUGCAGCUGCUCGGCUGGGUGUUCGUCCCGGUGUAUAUACUCUCGGGAGUCAACACCAUGCCGGAGUACCUAUCCAAACGCUUCGGUGGCAAGAGGCUCAAGGUUUACUUUGCUUUCUUGUCCUUGUUAUUAUAUAUUUUUACCAAGCUGUCUGUGGACUUAUAUGCCGGAGCUCUCUUCAUUCAAGAGUCCGUGGGUUGGAACAUGUAUGGGUCUAUUGUCCUGCUCAUUAGUAUGACCGCACUGCUCACACUCACUGGUGGAUUGCUGGCAGUGCUCUACACGGAUUCCCUUCAGGCCGUGUUGAUGAUUGGUGGAGCCCUAACGUUAAGCAUCCUUAGCCUGAUCAAAGUCGGUGGACUAGAGGGUGUCAGAACUAAGUACAUGCUGGCAGUUCCCAAUGUCACUGCAAUAAUGGCCAGCGGAAACUUCAGCUAUUCUCCUUCCUGCAGAAUCGAUCCCAAACCCAAUGCUCUCCGUGUCCUCCGGGGUCCCCUGGAUGAAGACAUCCCGUGGCCGGGCUUUCUCCUCGGCCAGACCCCUUCGUCUAUUUGGUACUGGUGUGCAGACCAGGUCAUUGUUCAGAGAGUACUUGCGGCGAAGAACAUUGUUCACGCUAAAGGUGCUACGCUAAUGGCCGGGUUGCUCAAGAUCCUUCCCAUGUUUCUCAUCGUCAUUCCGGGAAUGAUCUCCCGCAUCCUGUUUGCGGAUGAGCUCGUGUGCAUCGGGCCGGAGCACUGCAUGUCCGUGUGCGGCUCUCAUGCCGGUUGCUCCAACCUGGCCUACCCACGCCUGGUCAUGGCCGUGAUGCCCGUGGGCCUCCGGGGUUUGAUGAUGGCGGUCAUGAUCGCCGCCUUGAUGAGCGACCUCGACUCGAUCUUCAACAGCGCGAGCACCAUCUUCACGCUGGACAUCUACAAGACGGCUCGGAGCAAGGCGUCUCAGCGCGAGCUGCUGAUUAUGGGCCGCUUGUUUGUGGUGCUCAUGGUGGUGAUUAGCAUCGCCUGGGUCCCGGUUAUUAUUGAAAUGCAAGGUGGGCAGACGUACCUCUACAUCCAGGAGGUUGCCGGCUACCUCACUCCACCAAUCGCCGCCCUCUUCCUGUUGGGUGUGUUCUGGAAACGGUGCAACGAGAUGGGCGCAUUUUGCGGAGGGAUGGUGGGUCUCGCGCUCGGUAUCGUGCGACUGGUCCUGGCGUUCGUCUACCGCCAGCCUCACUGUGACCAGCCCGACGAUAGGCCCGCCUUCAUCGUGAAAAUUCACUACAUGUAUUUUGCUUCUGGGCUGUUCUGGAUUUCAGGGUUGGUGGCGGUGGUGGUGAGCCUCUGCACCGCGCCACCAGAUGAGGAGCAGGUCCGUACGGCCACGUUCUGGGGGCUCCGCAGCGUUGAAACGGUUCCCCCAAAGGACAGGAAGAACAUUUACAAGUUGGCUGAAAAGAGCCACAGUAGCGCAGACAACGGCCUCCGUGAAGAAAUGCUCCCGGAUGUGAGAGAGGAGAAGUGUCCGGAUGGGCCGCAUGUCACGGCCCUGGUCCCGUCCGCCCACUAUUACCCCGACGCCCCGAGUGCGGAAACUUCCCCCGAAGCCACCCCUCCAGAACAAAUUGAUAGCGCAAGAGUAGAGAUGAUCAGAAAGGAAAGCGGCCAAGUUGGCGGGGAGACUAGCAGGAGUGUGCGUUUACUGGAGUGGUUUUGUGGAUUCAAGGAGGGAGAGCAGAGCCCGAAGCCAAACAGUGUGUGUGAGGAUGCACGACUCAUUGCAGAGCGUCUGUACGAGCCUCCGAGAACUAAAACCCUCCUCAACGUGGGUCUGCUCAUCAACGUGUGUUUGGCCAUCUUCAUGUAUGUUUACUUCUCACUGUAGUUGAACCCUGCACUGAACCGAUGUGGACCGGUGUGAAUGUUUUAAUUUUUUUUAUUUAGGUGAGUUGUCGGUGGCUGAUUAAAACAAAUGAAAUUUUAAGAGAAUUGAGAAUCUCUCUCUGUGAUACAGGUGUCUCUCCAACAAGGAUCUAAGAUCACUAACCAGUUGUUUUUAAAUAUAUUGGGAAAAAAAAUUGAAAUUCUUAAAUCCUUAACUGAAGCUCAUUUGACUAGUUUGUGUCCUCUUUGUAUAGCUCUUCUAUUAAUCCUACAUUUGGAUUAUGUAGGCUCGUUGUUUUUGUCUUCUCUAUGAAUUCAAUAUUUGACGUGCACUUUUUUCCCCCCGUGAAAAUGAAACGUAUUCUGUGAUUCAUGUUUUUUUCUCCUCUCUGUUUUAGUUGAUGGUGACUGUAUGCUUAGUUGCACAGGAAAUGAAGAGAAGAAGCACAACAUUUAGAAAUUGUUAUGCCAUUUUUGAUUUAUAUUUAUUUUCAUCUCGAGAAGAACUAUCCUAACUUGUAAGACUAAUCAAUGAUCAUGUUCCUGUAUCCAUAUCUUCUUUAUGAAUAUCUCCUUGUCUGGUCCAAAGGGGUUGAGUCUGUUGCAUAACAUAGUUUCUGCUGUAAUUCAGGCCUCAUGGAGCAAGUUGUUGUGUAUCUACUGUGUGUCAAUGUACCAUUAAUGCAGUGCAAUUAAUCUUGUUUACAUUGCAUCUUUUACUAAAUGUCUUAGUAUGCGAUGCUAAAAAAAAAAAAAAAUCAAGAAUUAUGUUUCACUUCCUGAAAUUAGUGGGCUGUGAAUUUAGAGGAUUAAGUGGUGAUUGCUUUGGGGGGGAAAGUGCUUUUACAUUGUUUUCGUUCUCACUGAGAGAAUAUACUUUUUUUUUCAUUACUUAUAAUAAAAAUUCCCAUUGAGAAAA